CUAUGUUUUAUAAAACAACCAUAUGUUUAAUUGGCAUAUAUCUAGUGCAGUCAUCAUCAGCACUGGUAGCCGCCAGUAGUAGCAAAAAAAUACACUAUCGGGUAGAUGUAGUGGAAACGUUUGCCUCGGAUCUGGGCGAAGGUCCGCACUGGGAUGAAAAACAACAGGUGCUUUGGCAUACAGAUAUCAAUACCUUCCGAGUAUGUCGUCUGAAUGUUAGCAGCCGUGUGGCCGACUGUCAUCAGUUGAGUGAUUUGGCAACACUGGUACAUCCCUAUCCCGAUGGCCAGAACCUAUUGGUUACACAGCGUAACAAAAUGGUUCGUUUGAAUUGGCAAACAAAACAUGUGGAUGUGUUGGCCGAAGUGGCCCCCGAGCUCAAAGGUAGGGAACGGUUCAACGAUGGUAAAGCCGACGAAACAGGUAGACUAUGGAUGGGUACCAUAUUGAACAAUGAUAAGGGUGGUAUAGUACCCGGUAAAGGUAAUCUAUAUAAAUGGGAAAACGGUAUGUUUAGCAAACAGGCCACAAUGUUUUCGAUAACCAACGGUAUGACCUGGAGUUACGAUAAUCGGCUAAUGUAUGUCAACGACUCCGAAAGCCAUAAGAUAUAUGUGUUUGACUUUGAUAUCGAAAAGGGAACGUUAUCCAACAAACGCAUACUGAUUGACGGCUACAACAGUACCGAUAUUACUGUCAACGACCGUCCCGAUGGCCUGACUCGCGACAAACAGGGCUAUCUGUGGGCGGCGGCCAAUAAGGGUGGCCGCGUGUUUCGUGUCGAUCCCAGUACUGGCGAUGUUGUCGACUCGAUUGCUCUGCCGUGUCCGCUGACCACUACACCGGUGUUUGGCGGUCCUAACUUUAACGAAAUGUUUGUGACCACUGCCUACGGUAAUGGUGGUCCCGAUCAGCGGGCAAAAUAUCCGACGUGCGGUCAAACACAUCGGAUUACUGCCGUAGACUCGGAUGAAUUUGUAGGCACUGUUGACUAUCGGCCCAAACCAUAAUAC